CAGACAGACAUCAAGGCUCUUGGGACCUGGAUGCUGGAUUCCAUCUUGACUAUACACCCAACAGACUCUAAGGUCGGGCAAGGGGUGCUGGUGGGUAUGGACUGUGCCAAAGUCUUUAUUGAAGUGCAGACAGUCAACAGCUGUACAUUCAAAAUAAGUGUGUAGGUUUACAGUAUCAGUGAGUUUUUUUUUUUUUACUCAACUCUGUCGCCAUGGUUACUGCUUACUGUUGAUGGAAGAAGUAUUUUUUUUUAAAUGUUGAGCUGGCACAUACUGCAUUUCCAAUGGGGAUAUUCUCUUAAAAAGAUACAUGUUUUGAUGAUUACUCUUUUAAUAAAUACUUUGUUUGGUUAUAGCCAUAUUAGAAGUCAACAGAAGUGUAUAAGUAGUAGACAGGUUUCCCACUCAAACCAAAGCCCCAUAAACACUGACCUCAACUGGUUUGGUAAAGAUGAUGUGAAUAUUCAUCACAAAAAAAAAGUAAUAUCUACAAGUGAUAACGGACACUUUUUUUAUACAAAAAAUGUAUGCGUCUGUGCCUGUUGCAUAUUUUCUCAUUUCAAGGCCAUAUAAGAACCAUUUAAAAACAGGAGAAAGAUAGGAGAGAGAGCUCACUCCUUAAUAGAGAGGAAGGGAAGUUGGUGUGCGUUAAUUUGAAUCUGGGGUAGUGGUAUAUGAGGGGAGAGUCCACGAGGAGCGACUGUGAGGAGUCAGAUUUCAGUGUUUUAGUCCUGGAGGACUAAAGGAACCGUUGUUUCAUUUGGAACUGCGGGCAGUCCAAGGAAACCGAGAGUGAGUGAGUGAGGGGAGAUCGAGACAUUUUAAAGAGAGUGAGUGAGUGAGGGGAGAUCGAGACAUUUUAAAGAGAGUGAGUGAGUGAAGGAUAGAGCGGUGCUCCAACUCUUACCACUAUCACAUUGGAACAAGAGGACUUUUGUGUGGACUUACCUAGACUGAAGAUGACUUCCUGCCUCUCCCUGUGGUCCGUUGGAAUACACCUCACGCUGUGGUACUGCCAACUGUCGACUGCAUAUCGCCUUCUGGACGAGGGGGGUUUCCAGGGCCAGAUGGACCUGACGGAGCUGAUCGGCGUUCCUCUCCCCCCCUCCGUCUCCUUCGUCACGGGCUUUGAGGGCUUCCCGGCCUACAGUUUCGGGCCCGAUGCCAACGUGGCCCGCCUCACCAAGUCCUUCAUCCCUGACCCCUUCUACCGUGACUUCACCGUGAUCGUCACCGCCAAGCCCACCACGCGGCACGGCGGGGUCCUCUUCGCCAUCACCGACGCCUACCAACGGGUAGUGCAGCUGGGCGUGGCGUUGAGCCCCGUGGAGGACGGGUCUCAGCAGGUGCUCCUCUACUACACUGACCCAGGGGUCGGGAGCACCCAGGAGGCAGCGAGCUUCAAACUGGCUGACCUGACAGGGAGGUGGGCCCGCUUCACGUUGACGGUGCAGGGGACGGAGGUGCGUCUCUACAUGGACUGUGAGGAGUACCACCGAGUGGCCUUCCAGAGGAGCCCGGAGCCCCUCACCUUCGAGGCCAGCUCGGGCGUCUUCGUGGGCAACGCAGGUGGUACGGGGCUGGAAAGGUUUGUGGGUUGUAUCCAGCAGCUGGUUCUGAAGGGAUACCCCACAGCCCAAGAUGACCUGUGUGAAGAGGACGACCCUUAUGCAUCUGGCUAUGGGAGUGGAGACGACUCCUUCGAUGACACAGAAACUAUGGAUGAAGUGAAGAAGGUAGUGGAGGAGAGAGAGUACACCGUGCCAGAGGAACCAUGGAGCACCCCUGUGCGCGCCCCUCCCACGGAGGCAUCGCCCACUGACGAUGAGGAUGCUGAUGAGAUCUCGGGUCAGGGCGUGGAGCUGACUGCAGAGAGAGGACCAAGUCGGACUGCGGAUGCAGACUAUAGACCAAGCAGUGGGACUUCCAGUCAGAAAGGAGAGCAAGGAGAUCCAGGGCCAGCUGGCCCCCCUGGUUCCCCCGGGCUCCCAGGCCCACACAGUCCGCCAAGCCAUGGCUUUUCUGGGGGAGUGCCAGGACCCAGGGGCUCCCAGGGGCCCCCAGGACCAGCAGGAGCACCCGGAACACCCGGUAACGACGGCCAGCCAGGCAGUGGAGGGAUAGACGGAAACCCUGGAGAAACUGGAGUUCAGGGAUUCCCAGGCUUGCCAGGAGGUCCUGGUCCCAAAGGAGACAAGGGGGAUCCUGGAGUGGGCAAACCUGGUCCCCCCGGACCUCCUGGGCCACCGGGUCGACCCAACUCAUCCAGAUCCCCGGACGGUGUGGACGGCUCAGGCUUUGAGUACUUUGACGGAGACACAGAGAUUAUGACAGGUCCUCCUGGUCCACCUGGUCCUCCAGGGCUUCCUGGCCCCCCAGGUUCAUCUGAGGGCCUCUCUGUGUUCCCCUGGGCUCCUGGGGAAAAUGGGAAGGAUGGAGAGAUGGGUAAACCUGGACUGCCUGGGGUUGAUGGGAAUGAUGGGUACCCUGGUCCAGCUGGCGAGAGAGGAGAGAAGGGUGAGCCGGGUCUGAGCGGAACACAUGGACCAAAGGGGGAGCCAGGUGCGGCAGGGUUCCCAGGUCUGCCCGGCUCAGAGGGACCAGAGGGGAAGCCGGGUCUGAGGGGGCCCCCUGGGCUACCGGGACCCCCAGGAAGGGGCUUCAGCCUGGACCUGGAGGAUCCUAUUGACAAACCUGGCCGUCCAGGACCUAAGGGUGAAGACGGGCAGGACGGGCUUCCUGGUGUAGCGGUAAAGGGGGAGCCUGGUGCACCAGGGGCGGCCGGGGCCUCUGGGCUAGAUGGACUGCCAGGGCAUACGGGAGCGAAGGGGGACCAAGGUGAUAUGGGACCAAAGGGAGAGAGAGGUCGGGACGGCUUCAGUUUCCCCGGCCCUCCAGGACCUCCUGGGUCUUCGGGACCGGUUAUCAACCUCCAGGAUGUCCUGCUCAAUGAUACAGAGGGUGUGUUUAACUUCUCAGGGCUGCUGGAAUCGCAGGGGCUCAGGGGGUCACGGGGUCCAAAGGGGGACUUGGGGAUUCCAGGGACCACCGGCUUAAAGGGAAAGAAGGGUGAGCCAGGGGUCAUGGUGGCAGCAGACAGGUCUAUGAUGUCUGAACUCACAGGGCUACAGGGGCCCAAAGGGAUCAAGGGCGAUUGUGGUGUUCCUGGGCCAGCUGGAGUUAUGGGUCCAUUUGGGCCGGAAGGACCCAAAGGAGAAUAUGGCUAUCCUGGUCGUCCGGGUCGUCCUGGAAUAAUGGGGCAUAAAGGAGACAGAGGAGACGCUGUGGGUGUGUCGGGAUCCCCUGGCCCCCCCGGACCCCCGGGACGUCCUGGAAAGUUCAACUGCCCCAAAGGAACAGUUUUUCCCAUCCCUCCCAGACCGCACUGCAAAAAGGCCAUAAAUGGUUCUGAGAAUUCAACAAAUGGGGGGCCGGACUGUCUUUCAUCUGGGACCAAAGGGGCCAAGGGGGAGAGGGGCUUCCCUGGGAUGCCUGCUCCACCACUCACAAUGCUUCCCAAAGGAACUAUGGGGAAUAAAGGGGAGAAGGGGGAGAAGGGGGAGGCCGGGUUACCGGGCCCACCUGGUAUGCGUGGGACAUCUGGAAUGGUGGGCCCUCAAGGAGAAACUGUUAUGGGGCCCCCUGGCCAUCCAGGCGUUCCCGGGUCUCCAGGUACUCCGGGGUAUGGGAGACCUGGCCCUCAAGGCCCCCAAGGGCCUCCCGGACACCCCGGAGCACCCUCUCCAGCUGUGAGCGUCCCUGGACCUCAAGGCCCGGCUGGACCUCCUGGGGCCUCUGCCAUGAUGGAGACGUUUCCUUCCAGUGAGGUCAUGAUGCAAAGGACGAUGAACAGCAGAGAGGGGACCCUGAGCUUCAUCACCACGGGGACAGGCAAACUCUACAUCCGGGUACAAGAGGGAUGGAAGGAGGUCCUGCUUGGUAACUUGAUCUACCGCCCAGUCAAUAUCCCUCUUCCUGACAAGGCUCAGCCAGGCACCGCCAGAAGAUAUGGUCUCAACCUGGUGGCCCUGAACCAACCCUACACAGGGAACUUUGGUGGCGACGACAUGACAGACAAGCGGUGCUAUGAACAGGCCAUGGCCAUGGGUCUGCCUGCCAGCUACCGAGGCUUCGUAUCCUCAAAAACCCAGACGAUUAAUAAAGACCUGGUCUCCCAGAGGUUCAGACAGAGCUACCCCAUAACCAACCUCAGGGGGGACAUUUUGUUCAGUAACUACAAGUCCAUCUUCACUGGGGGUGGAGGCAAAUUCCCAUCUAACAUCCCAAUCUACUCCUUCGACGGACGGGACGUAAUGGCAGACCCCUUCUGGCCUAAGAAGAGCAUCUGGCAUGGCUCCAAUACGUUUGGCAACCUGUUGGUAGACCGGUCCUGCAAUUCGUGGCAGUCUGACAACAUGUCCAUCAUGGGCCAGUCGUCCAAUCUAGCUUCAGGCUUCCUCCUGGGACAGCAAGCACAAAGCUGUAACAACCAGUUCAUUGUCCUUUGCAUCGAGACCAGAGAGCAUGUUUAGCAGACCGCUCCGUCCUCCUCUGCUUUCAUUUUAUCACUCUGGAAAGGUGUAAAUAUAUGUACAUUCCUUUAUGAACAUUUCAUCAUUGUCAUCAAAUAUUCCUCCUCUCCCGUCCUCUGAUUGGUUGGUUGAUUGACUGAGAUGAGACAGCGCAUACUGUCUGUCGAUACCAGCUCUAAAUCAUGGCUUUGCGGAGUUUUUCAAGCCAACUUUCAAGAUUAUUUCUCACUACAGAUGUUUCUCCUAGUCAAGAUGUCACCUUUCGUCUUCCAGUGAUUGGCCAUGUUUAUUGUUUGUCCUAUUGGCCAUGUUUAUUGUUUGUCCUAUUAGGUCAUUCUUUAAGAGAUGUUUGUUCCAUUAGACCAGGGCCAAUAGCACAUUUCACAUGCAUAACACCCAUAUUCGACAAAGGUGUUCAGUAAAGAAAUCAGUAAAGAAAUGCUGAUGCACUAUAUUAGAUGUGUUUCUACGUCUAGUGAUUUCUCAUUUGAGCAACAAUUUCUCUCACUAUUUAAUUUCAAUUCAACGUCUUAUUUAUACCGUUACUACACAUAACGUGAAUGAAUCAAAUGAUUAAGGUUAAGUAUGUAAUUUAUAGAUUGUUUGUCAGGGACUGUUUUAGUUUUUUGUAAUUUUGUUGUACAGCAUUCCUUUUAUGGUGCUAUGAUUUUGAUUUGAUAGGUAGCUAGUUAGAUGUGACUUCAUUCAACAUAAAUUCCACCAAUCACAUAGAAAUUCACCACAAAAAAAAAUUAUAACAUGAAAUUCAUAAGAGAUUUGAUCAGUAUAAGUGAGUAUAUUUUAUACAAUCAUUGGUACUUAUUGAUUAAAAAUGUUUUUCCUUUUCUUAAUAAUCUGAGUCUGAUAUCUGUUUUGAAAGCCUGGCCCAGUUACGUCGAGGCUGUACUGUGGUUAGAGAACAGGACC